UUAGAUUUGAAUUGCAAAGAGCAAUUCUUGAUUACUUAUAGCACCAUGUCCGACUACGAGGACAAUAUGGACGUGGAUGGCCCGGCAACCAAGAACGCCGUCCAGUUCAGCUCCGAUAACACUGGCGCAAAACAUAAGAGAGCUGCGGCAGAUUUACCAGUGGAAGCUCAAGAUAAUCUGCCUUGGGUGGAAAAGUACCGCCCGAACACCCUCGAUGAUGUCUCCGGCCACAAAGAUAUAUUAGCUACGAUUAAUCGAUUUGUUGAGGCGAAUCAAUUACCACACCUUCUCCUCUACGGCCCUCCCGGUACGGGCAAAACGUCCACAAUCCUGGCCCUUGCCCGACGGAUAUACGGCAGCAAGAACAUGCGACAGAUGGUGCUCGAACUCAACGCUAGUGAUGAUAGAGGAAUUGAUGUUGUUCGGGAGCAGAUUAAGACUUUCGCGAGCACAAAACAAAUAUUCUCAAUGGCACCGUCCGCUACUGGUAAAUCGUCGCUCGCGUCGUUCAAGCUGAUUAUCCUGGAUGAGGCGGAUGCCAUGACAUCCACCGCGCAGAUGGCGCUUCGCCGGAUUAUGGAAAAAUACACCGCCAACACUCGGUUCUGCAUUAUCGCCAACUAUACCCACAAGCUUUCUCCUGCCCUCCUUUCCCGAUGUACUCGCUUCCGCUUCAGUCCGCUCAAGGAACAGGAUAUCCGGGUCCUGAUUGAUCAGGUAAUCGAGAAGGAAGACGUGCGCAUUCAACCUGAAGCUGUCGAUAGCUUGGUCACCUUGAGUCGUGGUGACAUGCGUCGUGCUUUGAAUGUGCUUCAAGCCUGCCAUGCAAGCAGCAAACCGCUUCCAAUCAAGAACGCGCCCCAAGAUCAAGCCGUCCCCGAGCCGGAAACGAUUACAAAUGAGACGAUAUACGACUGUAUUGCCGCGCCACAUCCAGCCGAUAUCCAACAGAUUGUGACCACACUGCUCGCGACCAGCGACGUGACAUCAUGUCUCAACACUUUGAACACAUUGAAAAUCAAUAAAGGCCUUGCCCUAGCAGAUAUCCUUUCUGCACUUGGGGAGCAGCUGUAUCGACUCGAGGUUCCGGCGCAGACGCGGAUCACUUGGCUGGAAGGCUUAGCAGAGAUUGAAUGGCGUCUGUCCGCAGGCGGAUCGGAGACCGUUCAGACCGGCGGCCUGGUUGGAGUGAUCCGAAAUGGAUGUGAGCUGAUGGGGGAUAACGGUGUGAGUCAGGCAUAA